CUGGUCUAUAGUUUGGUCUUUAGUCUGGACUUUGGUCCGGACUUUGAUCUGGUCUUUAGUCCGGUCUUUGAUCUGGUCGUUAGUCAGACUUUGGUCCGGACUUUGGUCCAGAACCAGAACCAGGAGCGGAGCCAGACCGGGGGGGCUGCUGCUGCUUUUAAAGGAGGGAUCCGAACAGGGGUCCUCCGCGGUGAGUUCACGUACCGAGAAGAAAAGCGGGAGAAAAGCAACGCCAGCUGCCGCCGCGGUGAGUUCACGUACCGAGAAGAAAAGUGGGAGAAAAGCAACGCCAGCUGCCGAGUCUUCCGGCUUCGUUUCGACGGCCAUAAAAAAAUGUUGACCGGAUCCAAAACCACGUUCAAAGUCAGGCAAAUGCUCCCGGACAUCAAGGAGAGGAUGCUGAGCCAAAGCGGCGUCGGCGCCCGGAGUCGAGACGUGUUCGGCCUGCGCUGCCUGCCAGGUGAGUGUGUGCUCCAGAGGGCCGUCAUGGUGAGGAAGAAGCUGACGGCCCGGGAGGGGCGAGGCUGGCUGUCCGGGACUCUGUUCUGUACCCACUUCAGAGUGGCCUUUGUUCCCCAGGACAGUCCCAAACCCGACGAAAAUGCAGAUCCCAUUCUUCUGGGAGAUCACGAUGUUGCUUUGGCAUCAAUAGAAAAGGUUGUUGUCGUGGGCCCAAACCGAACCAAGCUGGUGACCCCGAACUCGUCCCUGAAGUUCACCCCGGAGGAGCUGGUGCUGUACUGCCGGGACAUGCGGGUCAUCUGCUUCCUGUUCGACCGCCUCACCCCCGACGCCCAGGUCAUAGAGAUGACAUACACCAUCGCCAAGACCUACCAGCCUCUGAAACCGGGGUCAGUUUCAUCUUUCCAGAACGCUGCUCUGGGGAGUGUGGAAAUGAAGCAGUUUCUUAGCAACCGUCGCCGAGACGCCCACAUGAACUGGUUCGAGUCGGCCUCGGACUGGGAGCAGGAGCUGGAGAGGUGUGGAGCCGCCAACUGGAGGGUCAGCUCCGUCAACGACCGCUUCGAGAUGUCCACCAGCCUGUCCAGGUUCAUCGUGGUCCCACAGAAGGUUCUGGACACGGAGCUGAAGAAAAGCUUCGCCCACUUCCAUGAAGGACGCAUCCCCCGGUGGUGCUGGCGCCAUCCCAGAGGCAGCGACCUCCUGCGCAUGUCCAGCUUCCAGAACAACAUCUACCACGAGAAGGACGACAUCAGGAACCUGGAGAUGGUCCUGUUCGGGUGCCAGUCCUCCCUGUGCGUGGUGGUGGAGCUGGGCGAGGAGCUGCCGGCGCCCGCCGACAUCCAGCUGGCCCACAGCCGCCUGCGGGGCCUCUGCCUGGGAGACAUUUCUACAUCUGUGUCGGUGCCGGAUGACAAAUGGCUGUCCACGCUGGAGAGCACCCGCUGGCUGGACCACAUCAGGUCCUGUCUGAGGAAAGCUUCGGAGGUGGCCUGCCUGCUUCGCAGCGGUCACCUGACCGUGGCGCUGCAGGAGCCGGACGACCGGGACCUGAGCUGCCUGGUGUCCAGCCUGGUGCAGGUGAUGUGUGACCCGCACUGCCGGACCCGGCACGGCUUCCAGAGCCUGGUGCAGAAGGAGUGGGUGAUGGCCGGCCACCGCUUCUGCAGCCGCCUCAACUACCACCGCGACAACGACAAGGAGGAGGCUCCGGUAUUCCUGCUCUUCCUGGACUGCGUGUGGCAGCUCUGGUUCCAGUUUCCCUCUCGCUUCCAGCUGACGGACGACUUCCUCCUGGCUUUGCACGACAGCGUCCACCUGCCGCUCUUCUCCACCUUUCUGGCAAACUGCCAGAGAGAGAGGUGUAAACGCUCCCAGAACCUGGGCCAGUCCUACACGCCGGUGAACGGGUGGAGGGACGUACUGCAUUCGGACCCUCCCUCAGACCCCUCCGACCCCCCUCUGCCCCCGGUGUGGGACUGGGACCUGCAGCACAGCAGGGACAGGCAGGACCGCUUCACUCAGCCCGUCCCUCCCACCCCGCCCCUGCAGCCGCUGCUCAACGGCAACCUGAACACCAACCCAGACAUGCUCAGGGUAAACCUCACCCCCCGCCGGCUCCGCUUUAAAGGGGACAUAUCAUGCAAAACCAAGUUUUUAAUCAUGUGA